GCCGUAGACAUAUAUCCUUCAUUACAUCGAUCUUGCUUCAACUACAUUACAACGUUUUCAACAUGUCUAAUAAUAGUUAUUAUUAUAAUUACAACUAUAUCCAAUCUGUCUUCUUCUUGCUCUUCCCUUUGAUCAUUCUGGUUUCAUCCAAAAAUCCUGUCUGUCCUUUCGACUAUGCUUUCCACUUCGGCGAUGGAGUCACCGAUCUCGGAAAUUCAGUUCUCCUCCUUCCCCAGCCAAUCACAAUUCCUGCCGACCUUCCGCCCUACGGCAUGACCUAUCCGGGCAGCCCGAGCGGCCGCUGGUCCGAUGGCCUUGUCGACUUCGACUUCUCUGCUCCUUUUAUGGGAUUUCCGCACCCGUCUCCUUACUUGUCGUUGAGCCCGAACCACACAAGCGACGGCGAGGCCAUGAUGUUCUCGGACGCAGGAAGCACGGUGCUCGACCGCGACUUCUUUAGAUCCAAGGGGAUUAAAAUCCCAGCCUACGCGGUUUCAUUUGGCGACGAAUUCAGAUGGUUUAAGGCAUCCUUACUUCUCAAUGCUCGACGGAUGAAGGUUUAUUUAUAUUUUUCAAUCUGCUAUGAAUGCACGGAUAGGGCGACUAAAAAGGAUUGGAUGCUACACAUAGCUAUUGAAGGGUCGGGUUGUGUCGGUGGUUGGGGCUCUGUCAUCGCGUUAUAUACAUUAGGUUGCAUUAAGGGUAUCGUUAGGAACUCUCUUGUCAUGCUCGGCGACAUUGAGGCCAACGACCUCGGCUAUGCACUAAGUCAAGGAAAAUCUAUCGAAGAAGCGGCGACUUACAUUCCAUCAAUCCUAAAAACCGAAAUCGAGAUGGCAAAGGAGAUCAUUUCCAUGGGCGCAAUCCGUAUGGUGCUUAUCGGGAGCUCUCCCAUCGGGUGCUUUCCCUACAUGCUCACUUCAAGAGCCACCGACGAUCCAAACGCUUACGACAAUCUAGGAUGUCUAAAAGAUGUCAAUGAGCUCAUAAAACUUAAAAACUCCAUCUUGCUGGAAAAUGUUGAAAAUUUGAAAAAGGAAUUCCCAGAAGUCGACCUAAAUUACUCCCCAUUCGGCGACGGCGUGCUCCAACUUCUCCAAGAAACUAGCCAAGGUCCUUAUUCGGACAACUUACUAAAAACUUGUUGUGGGAUCGGAGGAAAGUACAACUACGAUGAAAAGAGGUUUUGUGGGGGUAAAGGGGUUCCGGUUUGCUCGACUCCUAAGGAAUAUGUGUUUUGGGAUGGAUUGCACGUGACGAACCACGCUGCUGCUCGUAUUGUCGAGAUUCUUCUCGGGGAGGGCGCUCCGACGUUCAAUUGCACGGUGCCAUGGGAUUCAUCGUCAUCCUCGGCCUCAGUUGCUGUUGCUGCCAUUUGAUCUACAAACAUAUCCAUGGAGCUUUUUAAGGGCAAAUAAAUAGGGUAUCAUAUAUAUAUAUAUAUAUAUAUAAGCAUACUCUUCACAAUGCUAGGUAGUUGUUCUUUGCAUUGUGUUUCUGUGUAUUUGACGAUGAUCGAGCCAAGUUAUUGGAUUGGUUAGUUUCGAUCCCAGGUAGUUCUUUGUAUGUGUCGAAGUUUUGGUAUUAUUUAUGUAAUUUGCGAGUAAUGUUUGGUGUUGGGACGAGGCGAAAAGGUUACGUGAUUACGAGUGAGUCGUGUAUCUCACUUGUCGUCGCGUAGUUAACGGUAGGGAUGUCAACGAGGCGGGUUCAGGACGGGUUUUGCAGGCCCCGGAACCCGCCCCACUAAAUAUUAUGAUCCAAGACCCGCUUCGCCCCUCUUCAAUCCGGCCCCAGUACCAGUU